UCUGCUUUUGCCUGAUUUCAUCUUUGCAGAAGGGGAGGAAGAAAAGGAAAGGAAAGGAAAGGGAAAAAAAACCAACGCGUUCAUAAAAUAUGAAUAUAGAUUUUGUUUCUCAGGAGAGGACGGAGAGAAAGUGCGCCCACGCACGCUUCGGAAUGAAGAUGAGUGAAUGAGUGAAGAUUCAGGAGGAAGUUCAAGUCGCGUCUGCGGUUCGCCUGAGAAGGGAAGAAGAGAGGAGAGAGCGCGAGCGAGCGAGCGCGCGCGCGCGGCGAUCAGAAGCGAACGGCUGAUUAAUGAAUGAAUGAAUUAAUUAAAUCCGAAGCCAAUAAUCCGCAUUAGAGCCGUGCACUGGCUGCAAUCGGGCUAUAACGCAGAAUGGGAAAGAAGUGUGUGUAUGUGUAAGUGUGUGUCAGAUAGAUAGACACACACACACACACACACACACACAGAGAGCGGCAUUAAAGCAUCAGCCAAGUCAGCAUGUUACGUGUUUAAGCCAUGGAUCGCGCGCGCUUCGUUAUCACCGUCUCUGAUACACCAGGACCCUUCUCAUAAUAACUGCUGGAUUUGGGAUUUUUUUUAUUUUUUAUUUUUCUUCAUCGGAAUAAAGCCUGAGAGAGAGAGAGAGAGAGCCUGCUGCGAACACACGCUGUGGAUGUGGGAUUUAUCAGAGCUGCUCUGCGUUUGCACCAACAAGGCUGCUUCAUUUGAGAAGAUGGAACCAGCAGACAAUAAAUUAUGAAUGUUGAACAAGAUGACCUCUUACCAUCAGCAUCAGAUGAUGAGAGGUCCUAGAUGGAAAGGGGCUUGGUUCGACCCCUUCUUCCUUCUGCUUUUGGCUCUGCAGUUGCUCGCAGUGGCAGGAUUAGUAAGGGCCCAGACGUGUCCCUCUGUGUGUUCUUGUAGCAACCAAUUUAGCAAGGUCAUAUGCACACGCAGAGGACUCAGGGAAGUCCCUGACGGCAUCUCCACCAACACACGCUACUUGAACCUUCAGGACAAUCUCAUCCAGGUCAUCAAAGUGGACAGCUUCAAGCAUCUGCGUCAUUUAGAGAUCCUACAACUUAGCAAAAAUCAUAUCCGUAACAUUGAGAUCGGCGCCUUCAAUGGGCUCACUAGCCUCAACACCCUGGAGCUCUUUGACAAUCGCCUCACAACCAUCCCGAAUGGAGCUUUUGAAUAUCUCUCCAAGCUUAAAGAACUAUGGCUUCGAAAUAACCCAAUUGAGAGUAUACCAUCCUAUGCUUUUAAUCGUUUACCAUCCUUAAGAAGGCUGGACUUGGGGGAGCUCAAGCGUCUCUCCUAUAUCUCAGAUGGAGCAUUUGAGGGCUUAAGUAACUUGCGCUACCUGAACAUGGGAAUGUGUAACCUUAAGGAGGUUCCCAACAUUAGGCCCUUAGUUCGCUUAGACGAGCUGGAGAUGUCAGGCAACCAGCUGACGGUCAUCCAGCCUGGUUCGUUUAAGGGUCUUAUCCACCUCCAGAAGCUGUGGAUGAUGCAUUCCCAGAUCCAGACAAUUGAAAGGAACUCUUUUGAUGAUCUUCAGUCAUUAAGUGAGCUGAACCUCGCUCACAAUAACCUCACAUUUGUGCCCCAUGACCUUUUCACUCCUCUGCGCCAUUUGCAGAGAGUACACAUACAUCACAACCCCUGGAAUUGCAACUGUGACAUCCUGUGGUUAAGCUGGUGGCUAAGGGAAACCGUACCAACUAACACCAGCUGCUGCGCCCGCUGUAACUCUCCUCCAAGUCUCAAGGGGCGCUACAUCGGUGAGCUAGACCAGAGCUAUUUUCAGUGUUAUGCACCUGUCAUCGUUGAGCCUCCUGCAGACCUCAAUGUUACUGAGGGGAUAGCAGCGGAGCUUAAAUGUCGGACAAAUUCUUUGACCUCAGUCAGUUGGCUAACACCAAAUGGCUCCAUCAUGACUCAUGGGGUAUCCCAGGCCCGUGUCAUGGUGCAGAAUGACGGAACACUAAACUUCACCACUGUUACAAUGCACGAUACGGGGAAUUACACCUGCAUGGUCAGCAACAUGCUGGGAAACAUUUCAGCUUCUGCAGUGCUAAACGUGACCUCCAUAGAUAACAGUGGGGUCAGUUACUUCACCACAGUCACAGUUGAGACCAUCGAGUCCCCAGUUGACGGCAUGAGCCGAACACCCGAACAGCCUUCCUUUGGCUGGGUGGCAUCAUCUACUACCAGAGCGACCCCAAUUUCCACAGAGAAAGCCUAUACCAUCCCUGUGACGGGUAUAGACAGUGAGGGAGCUAUCAAUGGUUUGGAGGAGGUAAUGAAAACGACCAAGAUCAUCAUCGGCUGCUUCGUGGCCAUCACACUUAUGGCUGCCGUCAUGCUCAUCAUAUUCUACAAGAUGAGAAAGCAGCACCACCAGCAAGAUCACAACGGGCCGACUCGCACAAUUGAGAUCAUCAACGUAGAUGACGAACUGACAGGGGUUCCUGCGAUGGAGAGCCAUCUCACUCUUCCUCCACUGGAGCAUGAGCACUAUAACCACUACAACUCAUACAAGAGCGCUUACAACCACGCCUCGACGCUCGGCUCACUGCAUAGCUCCGCGCAUGAACCUUUACUAAUUCAGGCCAGCUCAAAAGAUAACGUGCAAGAGACACAAAUUUGAAUUUCCUUGCUUUGAACAGGAAAAGUUGAUCUGUACUAACAAUGUUAUUGGCUUUGGUGGCAGACAUUUCAUGACAACGAAGAUGGGACGAAGACAUGUCACUGAGGAUGUAAUGUAUUAUUUUAACAAACGUGUUUACAAGCAAAAAUUAUUUAUUUAAAGAUAUGUCUAGUGGCUGAAUUAAGAAAUCAAAAAAAAAAAAAAAGUUCAUAUCAUUUUCCUCCUCCUAAUUUUCUUUGAAUUUGGGAUUUAAUGGAUGAAUGGUCUGCUGAAAAACAACACACUUGUGAAUUCAAGGUAAAAUAACAUGCUUUUGGCAGCCUCCAGUGAACAAACUACGAGGUAUUGCAAUCAUAAUAAUGACAUAUUUGUUGUAUCCGUGGGCAUGCUGAAGCAUUUCACUUCAUCUUUUCACAUUCUAGUGAAAUGAGUGCAAAAAAAAAAAAAAAGAUGGCCACUAAGGAUUUAAGAUUGUAAAUAAUUUAGUGUAAGUAGAUGUGAUAAACCCAUCUGGUUCUGGAUGCAGAAAAUUUAGAGAGGGAAAAUCAAUUGUUUCCAUUCCCCACAAUAUGAGCAUACUGUAUGUCGUGCAGGAGCAUAAAAGAAAAGCCUUCAAUACAAUGGUUUAGAUGAUGUGGUGGCAAAUGAUGUUCUCUGUACAUUUCGCAGGUACUUAAUUCCCUGAGCAUACAACAUAUGAGUGUAAUAACUGGACAAAGGUAUAAAGGAAUGCUGACUUAUAUGGAUAAAGCAUUAAAUGUUGCCCUUUCAGAUGGGUUACUGGUAAGGUUUUAGUAUUCUAAUCCAUUUAAUGACCCUCAUAACACCUUUUGGAAAUGAGAUUGAGGCCUCCGGUACGGCAGAUCUCAUCCUGAACUUGCUUUUCGUCAUUCGCCCUUGGUCAAGUUGUUAUAAAUCAAGUUGGUCAAGUUGCUAUAAAUCCCUAGAGAGGUCAGAUCAAAUGACAAAGAAAUACCGCCCACAUUUAAAAACUGAAUCACACACACACACACAAAAAAAAGAAAUAAAUAAUAAUAAAAUGCUUAGCUGCCAUGAUAAACAGCAGUGUCAUACUUUGCAAGAGAAAGCACAAUUCUUUGUUUAAUCUUGCAUGUAGCGCAUUUCCAUUUCUGUGGAAACUCCUUACCUUGCAGGUAGGAUAUUGGGUUACUUCCCAGUGCUAGUAAGGAUCUUACGCUAUAUCACUCGUGCUGUUAGAUGGCAUAAGGAAGGGAUUUUGUCGAGGUUUGUGUUUGGCGUGUACACGUGUGCGAUGUAAUUACUAUCAUUUAGGAAUAUUAAUUGCCAUUCAUUUAAUAACACUUUCAAUUAGCAAGCACUAUCUCGCUCACAUGCUCUGCCGCUCGUCCCUUUUUCCUUUUUGCCUGAACGAUGGAAUCGAGCGAUGAUGAGCUUGGAGUGUGUGCGGGCGUCGAAAAAUUUGUUUUCACUCUUUUACGACUUGUGAAAAUGAUGGAAAUAUCCACCUCAUUAUCAUACACAUUAAGUAACUUUGAAAUGUGAGUCAGAAUACUAAUUCAGAGAUUAAAGAGAAAGUCUUCAGUUUGCCAGCUUGAGCUUCAGGAGGAUUUUCAGGAUUAUUACAUGUUAAAUCAUCAGUUUAACAAUAAGACUACCAACCCGAGGAUAAAUAGUUUUUUUUUUUAAGGUCUUUUAAGAGUUUACCAUAAUAAACAUUAAAGCAGGCCAAAAAUAGAUUAAUUUUUUGUAAUCUUGAUUUUAUUUUAUAACUGUUUUGUAUGAAACAUUUGUUCGAAAACAUUUACUGCCACUGGUGUAUCAGCUUCUUCAGAAAAAAGAGAGAGACAGAUUCAGAAACAGUUGAAGAUUUCAUGAAUUCCUCAUGUGUACUAUAUAUUAAGUCCUAUACUUAUUUACAGUAUGUACUGUAACCUGUUUGUUCAUGGCUUUUACUCUUAUUUCCAUCGAAGUCAAAAAUUCUUUGCAGGGCUUAUAAGAAUUCAUACUGUAUAUGUUGAUAUGUGGAAACUAAUGAGAACCCACUGCUUAUCUUCCAGUCAAUUUGUUGUUUUCAAAGAUAAACUCAAAUAGGAUCUACAGUCAGUGUGUACAGAAAUGAACUAUGCUUUGGCCAUUUAAAGAAAAAAAAAAGAAAAAAAAAAAAGAGUGACUGUGUGUUCCUGAGUGACAAAAAAUGACUUUCCUCAAUCUGCUCCAGUGCUCAUGAUCAGCAGUGACAGCUACCGAGUCUAAACCAUCCUGGCAUACGUGACUCUCACCGUGUAUCUAUGGCAUUAAGCAGAAUUCUUUAUUUUUUUUUCCGUUAUGUUUUCUUGUUGUGAUUUGUUUGUUAUUGGUAACUCAUUUUAGAUUUCUAUGAUGAAUUGAAGUGAAGAAUCCUGGUGUUUUAUCUCUUUUUCGAGCGAGAGAAUAUGUGCUCCUCCAGUAGAAGAAGAUUUCUACACGGACUGUUCAAGCGUUAACAGCAACAUCUCGAAGUCCAUAUGCGAAUCAGUCAGUGAUAAUAUCGGGAUAUGCUUAUUUGAAGGUUAACCAUUAAAGAAAAAAAAAAAACACAUUUAUUAAUA